ACAUUGGGAAGGGGCGAAGAACUCGUCAUUUGUUUACAUUUAUGCGCGCUCUGAGGUGUCUAAUUUCAUGGUAGUGGGAGCAAGUGAGCUUAUGCGUCACCAGGGGUGAUUCGUGGUCUCGUUUUUCGUUCUCGUAUUUGCGUAUUUUCACUCAGUUUUGCCGAUUUAGUCUGACGCGUUAUUAUUGAUAGGUUGUGUCGUUAAAUAGGAAGUGCGUAUUAUAUAUUUGGUGGGUUGAUGGGAGGGAGAGUUUUUGUCGAUAAUUGCUAGCCACACCUGAAUUUUACUUGGUUUUACGAAAUUUAAUUUUCUUUCAAUAUUAGUGACAAUCAGGAUGGACGGUGAAGAUCCGGGGACAAAACGUUUGAGAGGUCGUGGUAGAGGUAGGGGAAGAGGAAGAGGUCGUGGCAGGGGUCGGGGGCGUGGAAAAAAGACAGCAAAGGUUAUAGAGAGUGAUGAAGAAGAAGUUCCCAUCCAAACUGGAGAAGAAGUGGUGGAAGGAAAUGAAGAGAAUCAACAACCUCCCAAAAGCAUGACACCACAAUUUGACAUGGAAGCUGAUAUUUCACAGCUAGAAGCACCUACAUUUACUACAAUUAACAGGGGACCUCCAGAACCUAUGCUGAGGCUGAGAUGGGAUCAUCGAGUGAAUCUGAUUGGGGAGAAAGUUUUGAAUCCCAUGAUCCAUUGUUGUGACAAAUGUUUAAAACCAAUUUUAAUCUAUGGUCGAAUGAUUCCUUGCAAGCAUGUGUUCUGCUUGUCUUGUGCCAAGAGAGAAGAUAAAGUAUGUCCGCGAUGCAUGGAGAAGGUGACACGUGUGGAACAAACUGGCUUAGGAACUGUGUUUAUGUGCACACAUGGUGGAACUAGAUAUGGCAAUGCUGGCUGUCGUAGGACAUAUCUCUCUCAACGGGAUCUCCAGGCUCACAUAAACCAUCGCCAUAUUGCUGUUCCUGUCCAGCCACUCACAGAGACAAAUCAGUUCCCACUUGUGGUGACAAGUGGAAGCACUAAGCCAGCUGCUGCUGGGCAGGACUCCAUGAUGGUGGUGGCAACAUCAGCCCAGCGUAUGAAGUCCAACCACCUGGUCGCCCAACCCUCUCUUGGGGAUCCACGUAUUCAGCACGUUGUGCCCGUUUCCAGUUCUGAACAUCACCGCAGAGUGCCCCCACCACAACCUUCCCCUCCGCCUCCCCCACCCCCACCUUACGCUCCUCAUACCCCUCAUCCACACCGUCCUCCCAUGAUAGUCUCUGGGUAUGCUACUGCCCAAUCUGCUCCACAGUCAAACCCUGCCAAUAUGCGCACAAAUCUUAUCACUGUUCCAAUCCAAGACAGCAGCAACCCCAUUUUGGUCGAGCAUCCUCCUCCCAGUUACCAUCAUUACGCACAGGCACCUCCACCCCAAUACUCCCCGUAUGGAGUGCCUCCACCGGUGGUGGCACCACCACAGCCACAAGCGGCGUAUUACCAAGCCCCGCCUGGAAGUGUGGUGAGCUAUGCCACAUCCCAAGUGCCGCAGUACAGCCAAGCAGUUCCCCAAGGCACUGCUCCAGGUCGAGCACCGCAAUAUCAAGAAACAGUGACUCAGCAGUAUACUGCCCCACCGCCCACUCAGUGGCAGCAUCCAGCGAGCACCGCGUCCUUCUAUAGAUAGGUGCAGUGUCCAUGGGUGGUGCAUAUCCAUGGACCAUGUAGGAGGAUAUUUCGUUGCAGGCCAUCCACGUAAAAAAUAGCAAACUUAGCAGUUGUGAUAAACUUGUAUAUUUAUAUGUUAAUGCACUGAAUUUGUGAGCCAGUUGCUUCUAGAAUGAACUAUCCAUCUAUUUGUAGAUUAUUAUUAUUAUUAUGAAAUGAAGUAAGUGACAUGCAUGCAUCACAUGUUUUGAACUCUGACAUUGUCUCUGAAACUUGGUUUCCAAGAUUCUCAUGGAUAAUUUUUAUGUAUAUAGAAAAUGUGUAAUGUAUUGUGAGCUAAUAUACUAGAUAGUUUUGUAAACUAAAAUAUAAUGAAAAGUUAUAGAUGCUGUUCCUUAAUGCACUUGCUGAUUGUUUAAAGAUAUAUUAAUGACAGAUGCUGCAUUUGAAAUGGAAAUUAUUUGCAUUUUAGAUAGCAGCUAUUUCAUUAACAUCCAAGUUUCUUAGUAGAGAAAUAUGAGACAGCAGUUUAGAAAAAUUAGUGGAAGAGGCUUCACAGAAAUUCUAUAUGAAAUUAGCUCUAGUGUCUAUUGUACAUAAUUUCAAAUAAGUGUUUAAAAAAACAUUGAGAUUCAUUGGUUUGCUAAAGUAUGGUUAGUAAAAACCUCAGAGAAUUGAAUAUUUCAAUGAGGGUAUUGCAGCGAAUGAUGACUCUUGAUAGCUAAGGGAUACUUCUUGUAAAAAUAUAACCUGCUCUUGCCUUCGACAAUGGAAUUAUCUCUUCAUGUCAACUGAAUAAACUUUUUAAUUAAUAAUGAUUGUUAAAACAUUACUCACCUGAUUUUUUAAGAUUUUUUAUUUUUUUAUUUUAAUAGUACUUUGAAAGUGAAUAUAAAAAUUGCUCUUACCUGAGUAACUAACUACCUUUGUCAGUAAAUAACCUUUUUUCAGUUCUUGAUAUUUUUUAAGGUUAAUAUAACAAUCAUCCAAGAACCUUAUUGUAUUCUGCACACAACCUUCCUCCCAUAGUUUUUGUGAAGAAACUUGUGUGGUUUUUGCUGUAGAUAAGCACAACUCACUGUGCAAUUACUAGGGGCUGACAAAUAACCAGUUGUGAAGUUGUGUAAAGUGUGUAGCUUCUGAAAAUCAAAUUUCAACUAAUAAAUUUAUUGAUUGAUAAUUUUAAAACUUUCAUUAAAGUAAUAAAGGAGUAGUACUUCACAAAAUAAAAAGUGUAGCAAAAUUUAACAUUUUUCGAAUGAUUUAUAGACCUUAUUAGUGAUUAAUAAAUGAUACUAAAAAGAUCAAACUCCCUAGUAAAUUGCUGGUUAGCAGGGGGGGGGACAUAAUUCAGCCAAGAUGUUGAUACAUGGAACUAUCUUCCAGCUCUAAUACAAACUUCUGAUUAAAAACUUGAUUAGACCAUUAAAACAAUUAAUUUUUACCAGUUGACAACUUACAUUACUCUGUUUUUGUUUUAUUAAACUAGCCACUCAGAAAAUAAUGACCCCUUACUAGUUUAGGUUAUUGUAUAGGUGUUUAAAUUACCUAUUUUAUUUACUUGUGACUAGGGGUUACAAGCAUUACCAGUGUUACUGCCUGUUACUGUACAAUGGCUGUGUAAAUAGAAUAAAUUAAAAUAAAAUAAUAGAAAAGAGGAAUAUUUUGAUUCUUAACAGCAAAAAUUGCAAGAUAUGUAAUUAAAAUAAUUUUAAAUUGUGAUCCUGAUUCUAAUUUGUGAUAAGUGGAGAAUUGUUCUGAAGAAACUAAACUUUUAUAAAAAUCCUUGAAAUUACUUCCCUACAAAGAAAUCAUAUCAAUGAUUUUACUUAUUAUGUAUAUGUUAAUAUACCUAACAUACAUUAAACUUUUAGUCAAUAUC